CCAAAAGCCCAUAGCCCAGAGUCCAGACUCCAUACAAAAUAAAAAAGAAAGAAAGAAAGAAAUGUCUCCCCCACCUAUUCACCUCCUCUCCUUUUCCCCAACAUUAAAUUGAUUCCCCCAUUGGUGUUUCUCCUUUCCAUUGGAUUGUACAGAUUCUUGCAUAAAAUUCCUUCCAUCUCUGUAAAUUUUUUUUCCCCCACCAUUCUCCCCAUUCCUCUCCACCUCUUUCCUCUUUUUGUUUCCUACCCUACUUCUCUCCAUCUCUUUCUCUCUCUUGUUUUUUUUUCUUUUGGUCUUCUGAGACUGCUAGAUAGAAGGAGGGGGAAAACCAGGCCUGGUGUUGGGUCUCUGGUCUCUGCUUCCUUGGAACUCUCUCUUGGGUUUUGGAGAGGAGAAAGCCUUUCAGCACCCACUGAGAUUGGUUUAGAGGGCUUCAGAAAUAUAUGAACUCUUUCUAAUUUUGCUAAAAAAUUUGCAUAAAAGAACUGCUUUUAUCUCUCUCUGUUUUUUUUUUCCUUCUCUAUAUUAAUUUCUCUCUGGGAUUGAGAAGGGGGAAGGGAAAAGGAGAGGUAAAGAUGGGAAAGCACGGACCUUGCUGUCAUUGUGGAGUCACAAGUACUCCUCUUUGGCGGAAUGGACCGCCAGAGAAGCCAGUUUUAUGCAAUGCAUGUGGUUCAAGGUGGAGAACAAAGGGUUCACUGACAAAUUAUACCCCUAUGCAUGCUCGAGAACCUAUUGAUUCAGAAGAAUUAAAAGUUCCUAAGGUGAAAAGUAUAUCAUUCAAAUCCAAAGAACAGAAGCUGCACAAGAAAAAACAGAGCGUUAUUACAUUGGAAAGUGAACGUGAAAUGCCAUAUUCUGGCCAGAACUUCCGAAAGAUAGCUGAUGGCGAUCCAAGCAAUCGAUCUAGUUCUGGAUCAGUGAUAUCAUAUUCAGAAAGUUGCGCACAUUUUGGAACAACCGAUGCAAGUGAUAUGACAGGUUCGGCACAAUCAAAUGUCUGGGAUUCUCAGGUUCCAUCCAAGAGAAGGACAGGUGUUACUCGUUCAAAGCCCUCUCCUGUUGAAAAGCUCACAAAAGACCUCUAUACCAUAUGGCAUGAACAACAGCCAUCUUACCAAGGAUCUUCUGAAGGGGAUCUACUCUAUGAAAGUGGAACUCCAAUGGAUUCAUUUGAGAUAGGCUAUGGAAGCAUACUCAUUAGGAAUUCAAAGUCCAUAGAGGAGGAAUCAGAGGCAAGCUCACUUCCGGUAGAUAAUAAAUCAUGCAUUACCAAUGAGGCUUAUUCAGGGAUUGCCUUCUUUCCUGUACAUAGUGAAAGCAAAGGAAUUAGACUUUUAGAUUCUGGUAAUGACAAACUUAAGAAGUCUACAGCACAAGUGACCAGAGAGAAUGUCAGAAGGGAUAAAUUUUCCUAUGAUAAGUUACAGAUCCUGCGAGACAGAGAAUCAUCUCUAUGUUCCACAGAUCUGCAAGAUGUCAUUAACUUUGAAGAACUCAUGAGGUAUUUGACGCAUGAGGAACAACAGCGUCUGAUGAAGUAUCUUCCUCCUAUAGAUACUGCCAAACCUCCUGAGAGCCUUAAAAGCAUGUUUAGCAGUCCACAAUUUGUGGAGUCUUUGUCUCACUUUCAGCAACUGCUUCAAGAGGGAAUUUUUGAUCUCUCCUUUUCGGGAGCAAAUGUUGAAGAAUGUAGGACUUUAAGGAAGCUUGUAUUACUCAAUUUGACAAAAUUUAAAUGGGUGGAGUACUAUAAACAUUUAAAGGAUGCAAACCAUAAACAAAUCACAGAAGGAAAGGAAAUGGUAAGCAGGCAAAAAGCUCCUGGAUUUCGCACUUCAGCAUCCCUCAAGAAGACUCGAGAUGGCCAGAAUCAGAACUAUCCUGAGCUGAAAGAGACCAUGAGAAGCCCAAAAAGACUCUGCAAAUCUGGGAGCACGAAUCUUCUUUCAAGAAAUCCAACUCAGCUGAAUUGUAGUGAUGUAGGCUCGAAGUUAACUGAUGAUGCGGAUGAUUUCUUGGACAAUGAAGGGGCUUGCUUCAGUCCAAGAAGCUUUUUUGCAUCUCCUCCAGAUAGGGGCACCAUGUUGGCUCCUUUACAAUUCAGUGAUGACAGUACUGAUCAUGACCUGUUGCUGGAUGUGCCGUGCAAUGGAUCAUUCCCCGAGGCGGAACUACUUUGUCAUCCUUGGAAACAGAAAGCAGCCCAAAGCAGUUCCCCAGCAGAGAGUGGAGUUGCCCAAGGUGAAGAGAGUCUUUCCAACUUUCCGUCCAGCGUCAGCAACAAACAGCUGAACCACCAGUAGUAGAAUAUAUCACAUCUUUCCCUUAAACAAAACUGAAAAAUCAUAGUGUUCCAAUGAUGGGUGUUCCAGUUUGAGCCUCUCUCCCAUCAUUUAGUUUCCUAUAAUCAUGUUGCGGUCUUCUUUUCAGUAAGCUGAAAGCUGACAUUCACCACCAAACUGGCUUGGGCUGGUUUCUUUCUUGUAUAGCCUGGCAAGAGAGUUGUAAAAUAGCUCAGAGUGCAAAAGGAGUCUCUCUUUAGUAGUGAGGGAAUGGAGUUGCAGGAAUUUGUAUGUAUUGUCAAUAAGUACACUAGUGCUGCAUCACCAUGCUAUUUGCUUGUGGUUGUUUGACGCAUACUCUGUUGCUCACAUUGGUGAAAUUUGCAUUGCUGGUUCUCACUUUUUUCAGUGUUUUGCAGCCUCAGCUCCUAGAAGCUGCAUCCAUGUGAAGCUUGAUAA